AAAUUUACCUAUCUCUUCUCAUUUCACAACGGUCAAAUUUCAUUAGACAGAAAUGAGGAAGAAAAAAGUUGCAAGAUCUAAGGUCACUGCAUCUUCUGUAUCAGCAGAAGAAGAAGAUGAAUCUGUUCAAAUUGAACUUCCACAGAACACCGAAAACGAUGGUGGUGAAGGAGAAGGAUUCUUCGCUUGUUACCUCUUAACCUCUCUCAACCCCCGUUUCAAAGGCCACACCUACAUAGGAUUUACGGUGAAUCCACGGCGUAGGAUUCGGCAACACAAUGGAGAAAUUGGGAGUGGAGCUUGGAGAACUAAGAAGAAGAGACCUUGGGAGAUGGUUUUGUGUAUAUAUGGCUUCCCAACUAACGUGGCUGCUCUUCAGUUUGAAUGGGCUUGGCAACACCCUGUUGAAUCAUUGGCAGUAAGAAAAGCAGCUGUUGGUUUUAAAUCCCUCUCAGGAGUUGCCAAUAAGAUCAAACUUGCUUACACAAUGCUUACCCUUCCGUCGUGGCAGAACAUGGAUAUGACAGUGAACUUCUUCUCGACAAAAUACAUGAAACAUUGUGCCGGUUGCCCAAACUUGCCGCAGCACAUGACUGUUGAGAUUGGUUCGAUGGAUGAACUUCCAUGUUAUACAGAAAGAAUUGGUGGUUUGUUAGAUAAUGAAGAUGAUAUUACUGGUGAGAUGGAAUUUGACAAUAACAAUGCUAGUUAUACCGACAGAAUUGAUGGUUUGUUAGAGAAUGAAGAUGAUAUUACUGAUGAAGUGGAAUUUGACGAUAACAAUGCUAAUACUAGUGGUUCUGUUCCAUAUGCAAGUGAUGAUUCUAUAACUGCUGAUUCACCGAAGCGAGAGAAUCAUUUGGGUGGAACAAAGAACCUGAAUCACAGGGACAAAAUUAGUGAACCAUUUGGGUGGAACAAAGAACCUGAAGCGAGAGAAUCACCAGGUCAUUCAUUCACUCCACAAGAGCAGAGUGAACAAUUCGGUUCAAUCUCAUCGCCCGAGGGGAAAUCACUAGCAACUUCAAAAAGACGAGUGACCGUAGACACAGAUUUUAUAAGUUCGACGAAAACGAGUAAUGCUGAAUCAAGUAAGCCAGAUUCUGAAGAAAUGGGUGCUGGUGAUGUCAGAGGUGCAUUCUUUGCCCCCUAUCAAGCUGAGAUAAUCGAUUUGUCUACGCCGUCUCCUAGCUGUAGAAACUUUAUAGAUAGGAAGAAGAGAAGAGUUUCCUCGUCAAUUAGUUCUGAGUUUGUUGACUUAACAAGGUCCCCCAACUUCAUCCAACUGUCAUGAUUUCUCACACUUCCUUCAGGAAUCUGAUCCCGGCCUUCUUGAAUUCAGUUUUGAAACAUUCCUGCAGUAUUUUCUCACUCGAGGUGUUGAGUAGAGUGUACUCUGUAAACCUAUUCCGUAUUUGUUGGGAGAUACCAGUUCUUUAAAUAGAUCUCAGUAUCUCGAGAUCUAACUCGCUGCUGGGUGAUGUUUGAGUUCACGGAAAAAUAAUAUGGCGUGUGACAGACAACCUAUUGCCAUUCUCUGGCAUAUAGAAUAUAUCAUUGUGUUAUUGAAUUGUUGUAAGAAUGGUGAAUAAAACCUGAACAAAUAAGUUGCUGUUUCUUUUCUCAA